GUAGUGUAAAAAGUUCACACAUUUACGGCUGCUCGAUCAGACUGUGGAUUGUGCUACUGUGUGAAGUCACACAUCAUUUUCUUCUGUAUAAAACCUCUUCCGUGGAAAGCUACAUCUGAAACAGGACAAGAAUAAAUUAUGGCAGCUGGAUGGGAACCAACCAAACCAAAACAGCCCAUUGCGGCUAUGUACAAUGGUCCCGGCCCGGGUCAGUAUCUCCUACCUGGUGGCACGGGUACCCACCGGUGUGACCCUCGCAAGAGAAUGUUCCCCGCUUACAGUUUUGGCUCCCGCCAUGUGGGACUGACCGACGACUGCAGUCCGGGUCCACGCUACCUGACCAACCCACGCAUCAACAGGCACGGCCAUGCUGGGGAGCCCCACUACUCGCUCUAUGGCCGGCCUAAGGACCCCAAGAUGUUCAGUACCCCAGGCCCUGGGCGUUACUCUCCCGAGAGGGCUGGACAGACUGCCUACAAAAAGGCUGCAUCCUACUCAUUUGGUGCCAGGACAAAAGGCAGCAAACAUGAUAAGUCACCAGCCCCAAACAAUUACACGCUGCCAAGUAUUCUGGGAGGUAAAUCCAUCGCUGUGACCUCGGCCCCCAACUACUCCAUGACGGGUCGCAGCAAGAUCGGCUCCUGUGACGAGGAUCUGUCAAAGACGCCAGGGCCGGGCACGUACAAGGUCGUCGAGCCUUCUGUGUACAAGCAGAAAGAUCCCCUAUACUCCAUGACAGGGAGGAAUCAGCUACCUAGUGACUCGACGCUCAAGCCAGGACCGGGAGCUCACAGUCCAGAGAAGGUGUUCAUCAACAAGGACCAAGCACCUAAAUUUUCCUUUGGCAUCAAGCACUCAGAGUACACAACGCCUUUAAUAAUAGAUGCAUCUGAUUAAUUAUGUGAUUUUCAAAGUAAUGGGUUGUCCUAUGGGUUUGGCUCAAUACAGCGCAACAAACUGACUUAUUUAUUCACUGGUCUGUAGUCUGUAGUAUCCUCCAUAGUUUUCUGCAAGAGGGCGGAUGGAAAUGCAUGAAAAAGCUGUGGGAAACAAACUCAUUUCAGCUGUGCUGAAAAUGUUAACUCUGUAGUCAGGAAGUUAACAUAGUUUUCUGGUAGGCUGAAGUGAGUAUAGAAAUAUUUGUUUUUGCACUUUGGGUGCAGCUUGAGGGUGGCAUUUAAUCACCCAACCCGUAUAAUGUGGGAUGCUGCCGACUUCUCAUCAGUAAAAAAAGAAAUCCUUCAAUCAACUUGAUUCAGAUCAUGCCAUUUUUUAAAUUAUGGUUUUGAUAACCUUUAAGCAGUUUUUUGCCAUGGAACAGAAAAACAAUCAUGUCUGAUAAGGUUACCUGAUAAAAACUGAGAGCAUUAAUUUAAAAUGCAUGUGAUUUAAUGAAGUGACACAUUUAUGCUUCCGUUUGGUGCCAUUUGUGGUGUUUGUACAGAAAUGAUUGGACGUACUAUAAAUCAUUGAAUGAAAAUUUGAAUGUUUCAGGACAGAUGAUAUCUUCGCUGGAUGUGAAUAUUGUAAAUAGAUAUGUUGUCUUGUCCUUUUUUAUUUUUCUUGUGAUUCUCAAAGCCGACUCCGUCCAAAAUAUAGUAGAAAUUAGCAGACAUAUUUCGAAUUGGGAAAUUUAGAAUGGUGCAAAGUUUGAUAAGUGAUAAAUUCAUUGCACAACUUUUCAUUUACAUGUACGCCUUUAAAAAAAUACAUUUAUACAAGAAAGUUAAUCCAACCCCUUAGUAGAAGGUGCAUGUUUGCAAAAUGAAAUAUGCAUUGUGCAUUGAUUUGUCAUCCAUUUUUAUAGUUAAUCUUUUUACCUGAAAGCACAUUUAGGAACAGCCAUUUAACCAGUAAGCACAAGCUUGAAGAGCUGGUUUUCCUUUUUAUCUUUGUAAAUAAAAAGCACUGUGGAGUCACAUUCCGUCCAUAACGGUUUGCAAAGUGGUGUUUUAAAGUUGGUAUUUCUUUGCAGGAGCAAGUUUUGGGUCAUGUUGGAAUUUUUUUUAUUUUUGGCCAAGUAGAUAGUGAAUCAUGGAAUAUGUGUAUCCUUUAUCUUUUCUACUGCAAAUUUUAAAAAUGUUCCUCAUCAGCAUAGAAGAUCAAUAAACAUUUUGGUGUACAUAGUA